UUUGUUUUUAUUUUUUAUUUUUCUGAAUAAUUUAUAUACGUGAUUCAGAAAUCUGUACAUACACAUGAUGUACUUUAGAUCAGAGAGGUUAGGACAGGCAGACAGUUAAAUCCGAGAGAUACUUUGACACCGUUUGGGGCGAUGGAAACGCUGGAAGAUUUAGCGGACUCUUGGAGCCUGAUAAACAUUUCAUCAACGGGGAAUUCGUCCUCCUCUGCCCCAGACCUCCCAGGGUCCAGGAAUGAGAUACUGAUCACCUCUGUGCUCGGGACCGUCCUGACUGUCAUGUGCCUGGUCGGGGUAACCGGUAACGUUUACACGCUGGUUCUGAUGAACAUCUCCGUCAGGGUCACCGGAUCCAUGUACGUUUAUAUAGUCAACCUGGCUCUGGCCGACCUGCUGUACCUGUCCACCAUCCCCUUCGUGGUGUGCACGUACUUGGUCAAGGACUGGUACUUUGGCGACAUCGGAUGCAGAAUCCUCUUCAGUUUGGACCUCUUAACUAUGCACACCAGCAUCUUUAUUUUAACGGUAAUGAGCUCGGAGAGGUACCUGGCUGUCGUGAAACCCCUGGACACGUUUGGAAGAUCGAGGGGCUACAGAAGGACAAUCACCUGCGCGGUGUGGGUGGUGUCUUUUCUCCUUGCCAUGCCUACCAUGAUAAUGAUUGACCUCAGAACGAGCACCCGAAACGGGGUGGUGAAGCGCAUGUGCCACCCUACCUGGCAGAUGGAAGCAUAUAAGGUGUACCUUACGAUCCUGUUCAACACCUGUAUCUUAGCACCGGGCGUUAUCAUUGGAUACCUCUACGUCCGAUUAGCCAGGACUUACUGGAUAUCGCAAACGACUGUCUUCACAACGAAGGAAACGCAGCGGUGUCCCAAACAGAAGUUACUUUACAUGAUCUUCAGCAUCGUCCUCACGUACUGGACUUGCUAUCUGCCCUUCUGGUUGUGGCAACUGCUCAGUAUCUACUACUACAAACCCGAUAAUCUGUCUCACAAAACCGUGGUUUAUAUCAACUUUGUAGUGACCUGUCUCGCCUACAGUAACAGCUGCAUCAACCCUUUCCUUUACACGCUGCUGACGAAGAACUACAAGGAGUACCUUAAGAGCAGACCGAAGAGCUGUGUCGGUUCCAAGAGGAAAUCUACCAGGCAUUCUUCCCAGAGGUCGGUGUCUUCAGGCACCGAGACCCUGACGAUUAUGAAGCUCAAAGGCACCACGGAGGAAGCCUCCAGCCUCUGAGAGUCUCACUCAGAAAGCCCUGGUAAUUCAGAAGCUUAUCACCUUCACUGCUUGUUGCCUGCCUGACUUUUGGAAAGGAUCCACCAAAAGUAAAGUUCCAUGAGCCUUUUCCACCGUCACGAAGAAAGCAAAUAGUUCUGAAUACAUUCUGCCAGCAGGAAUGACCUUUGUGAGAUUAAGAAACCACGUAAAGAUGGGGAAUUUGGCAUAGCUGGAGUGGUGAAAUUCUGGAGUCCACAGUGCUGACAGUACUUUGCUGAAUUAGGUGGAUUUGCAUUUCAACAUCACCCACUGUGCGUGCGUGUCUUCUGUUAGCACAUCAGUCUUGAGGUCUGGUAACAACAGAAUCCAAACAUGUUCCUCGCAUUUAUGAGGAGCAUGUGGAUCAAGAGUGUAUUCUUCAAAAAGUUCCUGCCUUCGAAAGAUGUAAACCAAUUCCAGUGAAGGAGAAAUUAAUUGCACUGGAUUCUGCGAACCAGCCUGGGGCACUUGGCAUUGUAUCUGUUUGUAUACAGCCUGUGCACAAAAUAUACAGAAGGUCUCAGCCUGGAGACUGUAAGGCUACAUCACUCCUUUGAUUUCAGUCAACAUGCCCUUUUCCUUCAGUUUGCUGCAUGGGGAUUUUGAUCCAAACUCAAGAUCAGAUGCUGGCUGAUGUCAAGCAAGUGCAUGCCAAGUAGAUGUUAGCAAGUGUAAGAUAUGAAAAAGGAAUACAAAUGCAUCUAUUGGAAAUGUGCAUUGGCAAUGCUAAAUAUUCAUGUUGUACACUUCAAUUUGACAGAUUUGUCAAGCUGCUGAUAUUUGUCACAAUUUGUGAAAGGAAACUAGUAACAAGCAAAGUAUAUGUACACUACAUUGAAUGCUACUAGUUUUGAUAAAUUAGCAAAGAAAAAGUGGCAUAAAGACUCUUAGAAGUACGACACGACUUCUUUCAAAUGCAAUUUAGUCUUACUUAUUCAUAACCAGCUAGUUUGACAUGUUGCACUUAAUGCCAGUUGCAUUUAAAAAUUGGUGUGGUAUAAACUGUAGCUGAAGUAAUGGUAGUAUGUAUGUCGAUUUUUAAAACUGGCAAAGAAAAGGACAACCGGUCACAGGGAGGCUGUUUUAAUGUAAGCUACGGUUGUGGUAGGUAACUUAAAAUAACCUUUCCUGUCUAAGCAUUUUAGCCCUGACAAAGACUCGUGUUAUUUGUCAAUAAAUGUGACUUUUACAUAUGGUUUAAAUAGAGGCUUGUUUACCAAUUUUAUGAAACUUGGUAAAGCUUUAGCUUUAGCACAAGUUUUGUCUAGUAUCAGGAUCUGGGGAUAAAUGGAGGUGCUUGUCUGUCCAUCUGCGUGUCUCAUUCUUUACAUAGAGAACUGAUGACCCAAUUGUGACAAAGUUUAUAAAUGGUAUUAUUUAGCACUUCCUCUGAUAGCAUCACUUGUUAUGGUCUGCGCUGGUAGAGAGAAUAAUUCAAAGGGCAAUCUGUAUAUUAUGUGACCCAUGGCUUGUGUUAUGGGUUGUGAAGUAUCAAUAGCCAAGUGAACUAGGGGCAAAGCUGUAGCACAUGUUUUUAGUCAAAGCUUGUGGUGCAGAUUUGUUUUAAUGACAUCCGCUAAUGCUGUCCACAGCCUUAGAAUGAUGGAAACCAUGCAUUCAGUGGUAUUCAUCAAGUGCCCCUAUCCAAUCAAGGUAUCAUUAUUUAUUUAUGCAUACAUUACCCUUGGCUUUUUGGGGGGGGGGGGGUUGGACAGGACCAGGCGGGUGAACUACAUGUACAUAAGGAAACUGUCAGAAGGAGAAGUCAGCUGUUUUUAAUACAAACAUAAACUGCGGGCAGAUUAAUCAUUUUUCAAAAGCUCUUUGAGACGUGCUCUGCUGGGGUGUAGAAUAUAAAAGCAUCUUUGUUAAUCAAGGAGCAGAAAAACAAUGUGUAUAUCUGCAUAAAGACCAAUAACUACAAGUCGUUUUAAAAGUUGAACAACAGGUUAGUACUACAGUAGGUGGCCAGCUGAAUGACCCAAAAUGAUAAAAAGUGCUACGCCAGCUCUGCUCAUCAGAGCUUAUAACAUAUACCUGAAAGCAGGUACAAAAUGAAUUAAAAAUAUUGUUUACAUUAACGCAGGCUCCUUGAUGCAAAGAAAACUUGUGGAGCAUCGUCGUGUUCGGUUUCUUUGCA